ACCCAGCCACUCCUAGCAGACUUGCACUCCUCUUUAAAGGAGCCACUUGCUCUUCUCCGCGCCAGUCUGACCCGGGUUCCAGCUUGUUCCAGUCUCCGACUCAGGCAGCCAGUGCCAAGACUUUUAAGGAGAGGAGCGUGGGGAGAUGCAGAGCAAGACAUUGCUCCUGGCGCUUCUGGGUGUGUGGUUCCAGAUUCUAACUGUCCCCCACGGAGGGGUGGCCGCCGACAACAGAAAUGGAAGAAAAGAUUUUCAAGACAUUGAAAGCAAAUUUGCCUUAAGGAACCCUGAAGACACAGCUGAAGAUACUUGUCACCUUAUUCCUGGAGUGGUAGAAUCUGUGGCUAACUGCGAGUUCAAUCACAGCAGCAAAACUUUUGUGGUGAUCCAUGGCUGGACAGUGACUGGAAUGUAUGAGAGUUGGGUUCCAAAACUUGUGACUGCUUUAUACAAGAGAGAACCAGACUCCAAUGUCAUCGUGGUGGAUUGGCUAUCUAGGGCCCAGCAACAUUAUCCAGUGUCUGCAGGUUACACAAAGUUAGUGGGAAAAGAUGUGGCCAGAUUUAUCAACUGGAUGGAGGAGGAGUUUAACUAUCCUCUGGACAAUGUGCAUCUCUUGGGAUAUAGCCUUGGAGCUCAUGCUGCUGGUGUUGCAGGAAGUCUGACAAACAAGAAAGUCAACAGAAUUACAGGCCUAGAUCCAGCUGGGCCUACUUUUGAGUAUGCAGAAGCUCCAAGUCGCCUUUCUCCUGAUGAUGCAGAUUUUGUAGAUGUCUUACACACAUUCACCAGAGGGUCACCUGGCCGAAGUAUUGGAAUCCAGAAACCAGUAGGGCAUGUUGAUAUUUAUCCUAAUGGAGGCACAUUUCAACCAGGAUGCAACAUUGGAGAAGCUAUACGUGUAAUUGCAGAGAAAGGCCUUGGAGAUGUAGACCAACUAGUGAAAUGCUCCCAUGAACGCUCCAUUCAUCUUUUUAUUGAUUCUUUACUGAACGAAGAAAAUCCAAGUAAGGCCUACCGGUGUAAUUCAAAAGAAGCUUUUGAGAAAGGGCUCUGCCUGAGCUGCAGAAAGAACCGUUGCAAUAAUUUGGGUUAUGAGAUUAAUAAGGUCAGAGGCAAAAGAAGCAGCAAAAUGUACCUGAAAACUCGUUCUCAAAUGCCUUACAAAGUCUUCCAUUAUCAAGUAAAACUACAUUUUUUUGGGACUGAGAGUGACACACAGACAAACCCAGCCUUUACGAUCUCUCUGUAUGGUACUAUAGCUGAAAGUGAGAACAUCCCUUUCACUCUACCUGAAGUUUCCACAAAUAAGACAUACUCCUUUCUAAUUUACACUGAGGUGGAUAUUGGAGAGCUGCUAAUGCUGAAACUCAAAUGGGAGAGUGAUUCAUACUUUAGCUGGUCAGACUGGUGGAGCAGCCCAGGCUUUGCUAUUGAGAAGAUAAGAGUAAAAGCAGGGGAAACUCAAAAAAAGGUGAUCUUCUGUUCCAGGGAGAAAGUGUCUAAACUGCAAAAAGGAAAGUCAGCUGUAGUAUUUGUGAAAUGUCAUGAUAAGUCUCUGAAAAAAAGGUCUGGCUGAAACCAGCUAAAUCUGAAAAAGUAAGAAUACAUGAAUUCUGUGAAGAAUAAAACAAACUUUGACAAAGAAGCCCAGUGCUUUGGGUUAUUAUUAAAUAUAUAUAUUUUCCCAAGUAUUAAAGUCAGCAAUAUGCUUGUUAGUUAUUUAGCACAACCUCAUAUACUGAAAAGUUGUAUCACAAAUAUGAUGUACAUAGUGGCCAAAUAAUACUUCUAACAUUUAAAGAGUAUAUAUAAAAUGUUCUGUAUGUUAUACUUUAAGAAAAAAUGAGAAGUUCUUUGG